AUGGGCACGCUCGAGGUGUUCUCGCGCGCCUACUGCGCGGGCAGAAACUCGUGCGUACUCGUGGACGCGUGGCUGGAGCUGUUCCUGUGUUUUUGCUGCGUCUUGGUGGUGUGUGGUUUGCUGCUAGUUUCACGCUGCUGCUGGCUGUGUGGACGACGGAGGAGCAGCAACGAGGCGAAUGACGCUCGAAACAACUCGUUGGUGCACCGGGUGCUGACCGGAACGAGUCGCGGGAUCGCGUGGCGUGUGCGUCGAUUGCUGCGCAAAUGUGGCAUCAGAGUGGCUGGGCGGACGUCGCCGCUCCCUCUGGCUGUCAUUAAGAAAGAUGCCACUGAAGCGCGCAUCCAAGGCCACAAGAACUCGCCACAGCAGGGCGAAGCCUUCAUGCUCCAGACGCAGCGAAUGAUGCACCUGGAUUUUGCAGCGCAGUCCACUGGGGCAACCGAGGACGACGGAGCGAACGAGCAGGCAGAAGCAGCGAUCCCACCGCUUGUGUUUCCAGAGGAUGAUGGCAGCGCCGCGCCUUCUGCUUGUCCCAACAAGCCCGCUCUUGUCCGUGCUGGCUCAAUCGCGGUGAAGAAGAGAGACCCCAGCAAGCACAUGCUCUCAGCUCAAAUGGCCAGGCAACGCUCAAGGAGCGCCAUGAACCCUCCUAAGUCCAAGAUCAGCGAGAAAGUCCGAGCCGUCUCAAUAUCCGUCGCGCGCAGUUCACGCAAUAUCUUGGCAGCUGCAGCAGGGGUUUCGCCUCCGAAGAGAGUGAGCGGAAGUCGCACAGACUCGACGGACUCCAUGUCGUCUGAGCGAUCCCGCUCCAACUCGUUCAGGAAAAAGUUCCAGUUCUUCAAGAAGCGAGCACCGGUGCGUACGAACUCCCAGGCGCAUUUCUUCAAUGAACCUUCAUACGCGACGAAGAACGGGAUGGCGGGGCUGUCACCGGAAUACCGAGCUGAGAACGAGCGACGCGCCAGCAUGCAGCUUCGAGACAAAAGACGAGUCAGUGUCGGUGCCAGUUCACACGUGCAGUUCGAAGUGGGAGGAGACCAGGCUUCAGUGUACGAGGUCAAACUGCGCGAGGUACAUCUCGUCAAGCGGCUAGCUUCGGGCCCAUUAAGCGAGGUAUACGCAGCUAUCUGGAGAGAUACGAAAGUCGGCGUGAAGCUUCUGAUGCCAAGAGAGGGCGUCGUCGACAACUUGGAGGAGGCGGUGAAGAACUUCCGACGCGAAAUUUGGGUCAUGAACGCACUCAAGCACCCGAACAUUGUCAAGUUGCUCGGUGCAAGCCUCACGAACAGUUGCUACGUGCUCAUCAUGGAGUACAUGCCCAAUGGUUCGCUGUAUGAUUAUCUGCGCGAUGCUGCCAACUUUUUCCCGCAUCAACUUGUAGUCACCAGCGCAUACGAUAUCGCCUUAGGGAUGGCUCACAUCCACGCUUGUGACGUAUUACAACGCGACCUGAAGUCCAAGAAUUGUUUGCUCUCCGAGAACCUCGUCGUUAAAGUGUCCGACUUUGGGCUCGCGCGCUUCCGAAGUGUUCAAUACGGUCCGUAUACUUGGGUUGGAACGCCGUUCUGGGCGGCACCUGAAGUGAUCCGACACGAGCCCUACGACGAGAAAGCGGACGUGUAUUCGUACGCCAUCGUGCUCUGGGAACUGGUGGAGCGUAAGGACCCCUACGACAACCUCAACGCCUUCCAAGUCCCUCUCCAGGUGGCAAACGAAGGACUCCGACCGGCUGACUUCAGCAGGCCGGCUCCUCUAGGGCUUGAGCAGCUCAUGCGGCAGUGCUGGGAUGCCGAUCCCGAGCAGCGUCCGUCGUUUGCCGACAUUUCGCAGACUCUGAGUACGUGGCUGCGGACCAAAAGCGGCGAAGGUGACGAUUCUCGAGUCAAGAGUGUGGUGGAGAACGACGGGAGUGUCGAUCUGUCGGCUCAUAUCCAGCGUGGACAAAUUACGGCCACACAAGCCGAGCUCCAUCGCUUCGCUGAGUCUCACGACGCCAACGCCAAGGUGAUUCCGAUCACGCUCUCCUCCCUUCGUAAAGGAUUGUCGACUUCGAGACUCCAGCGUAAGAGAACUUCCAAGCAGGAAAUGACUGCAAGCGAGAUGGAAGAAGUCCGCAUCAACAGCACGCUUGGGAUCCCAGGGCUCGAAGUGUACAGCGGCUCGGGAGGCCGAGCGCAUUCGCACCAUUCCAGCGGCACGUGGACCCCCAGAGGCAGGAGAAGCAACCCACCGCUUAUUGACCCAAGCCAGCUAGAACCAAACGAAAACGACCUGCGUGAAGAACAAACGGAUGAGCAAAAGGAAGAUCCGCCUAAUGACGAGCUACUCGAGGAAACAGCAGAAAUCGAACCUGGUGAUGCUUGA